AACAUAGCCACUGGCACUCAGGUUUUUUAGUCUAUGGUCGAGCAGCCAUUUGUUAUCCUUGCCAAAGUUCCCGUGUAACGUCUGAUCAAAAUGCUGAAAUCAGCUUCUGGUGUGCUGGCCAAUGUCCUGAAAAGGUCCCUGGUGCCGGCAGCGAGGGUCAGCGCUGUGCCGUUGAGGCGGUCGCACGACGGCCCCGUUGAAUCCGAUGAGGAGUUCGAUAGCAGAUAUGAGCUCUUCUUCAACAGGAAAGACAUUGACGGAUGGGAAAUCCGCAAGGGCAUGAACGACUUGUGCGGUAUGGACCUUGUGCCUGACCCAAGGAUCAUCAAGGCUGCAUUGCACGCAUGCAGGAGGGUAAACGAUUACGCACUUGCCGUCAGGUUCAUUGAAGCCUGCAAAGACAAAUGCGGCCCCAAGGUCAAUGAAAUUUACCCAUACAUCAUCCAGGAAAUCAAGCCUACAUUAACGGAACUUGGUAUUGAAACGCCAGAAGAGCUGGGCUACGACAAACCAGAACUAGCUUUAGAAAAUGUUUAUGACAUGUAAGGUCGCCGUUAAAUAUCAAAUUAAGCUGUAGAGAAUUUGUAUAAUAGUUUUGUUGUCGAAUUUUUAUUUUACUUAUAAUUGUGAGAAGCUGCGUCUUCACCUUGAAAUAUUCUAGGUCCAUCAUUCAAAAAUCGACAAACCUGCUAAUGUUUGAUUAAACAUUAGAAAAAAUGAUAUGGAAA